AUGACCGAAUUCGCCAAACGCGACUCGAGACGUGCCAUUGCAGAGAAAAGACAAGAGUUUGAAGCCCGACUCGCCAAAAUCAAACAAGAAGAAGACCGUCUAAAACAAGCCCAAGGAAAUCAGGAAUGGCCACGCAAGAAGCAGCGUAUAGAUGAGCCAAAGUCAGCAGAGAAAGACCAAGAUGAGAACCAAUUUUUCCUGGACGACUAUGACAGCGAGACAGAAGAGAAAAAGCCUGGCUCUGGAGACUCGACUGGGGUUGAUGGCCUCUCUGCCAGCACUCUAGCAUUACUAGAUCGUUUCAAAGGGAAAAUAUCUAAUCAAAAACAAGAUGACGAUGAAGAUGAUACAGUCAAAAUCUUCUACUGCUCGCGAACACACUCGCAAUUGAGUCAAUUUGCUGGCGAGCUACAACGAGUAUCAUUUCCGUCAAGCGUUCCCAAUGAUCCCGAGUCGGACAAAAAAGAUGACCUCUCUCAACUGGAAGAGCGGAUCAAACAUCUUUCCCUGGGAUCUAGAAAGAAUCUUUGCAUCAACUCCAAGGUGAAGGCCUUGGAAAACAGCACCGCCAUCAACGAGCGAUGUUUGGACUUGCAGCAAUCUGGCGUGGCGGCCGACAAAAAAUGUUCUUACCUGCCCUCGAAAGAGGACGAAGCUUUGAUACUUCAAUUCCGAGACCAUGCGCUAGCCACAGUAAAAGACAUUGAGGACAUAGGCAAAGUAGGACAGCAAAUUGGCAUCUGUCCCUACUAUGCCUCCCGCUCGGUCAUCAAGCACAGCGAGAUCAUAACUCUUCCGUAUCCAUUGCUACUCCAAAGAUCUGCCCGAGAGGCCUUAAAUCUAUCCGUCAAAGAUCAUGUGGUCAUUAUCGAUGAGGCUCACAAUCUCAUGGAUGCAAUCGCGGGGAUUCACUCAGUAACCGUCUCCUUGCGUCAAUUGCAAACUGCUAUCACCCAGUUGACAAUAUAUGCUCGCAAAUUCAAAAAUCGAUUGAAAGGCAAAAACAGAAGCUACGUCGCACAGGUUAUAAGAUUAAUCAAUUCUAUUGCCAGCCAUCUUCAAGGAAUCUCCCAGCAGAAAGGACCGCCGGAAGGGUCUGUCCAGUUUUCAGAUCUUAUGUCUGGCAAGGGAGUGGACCAAAUUAAUCCUUACAAGCUAGCACGGUAUUUACAAGAAAGUAAGCUGGCUCGCAAAGUGGAUGGCUAUGUUGACUCGUCAGAAAAAUCACAACAAACGCUACCAAUACAAAGAAGCAAGACGACCAUGCCCGUGCUUUUUCAUAUUCAAAGCUUUCUGCUGCCCCUGAUGAAUCCUUCAGAGGAAGGCAGACUCUUUUACCAAAGGGUUCAGGAUGAUGUCCAAUUAAAAUACAUGCUUCUUGACCCUACCAAUCACUUCCGGGAAAUUGUAGAAGAUGCUCGGGCAGUAAUACUGGCCGGUGGGACAAUGUCUCCGAUGUCCGAUUAUUCAAACCACUUGUUCUCAUAUGUGACCCCUGAGCGACUUGGUACAUUCAGUUAUGGCCACGUCAUUUCACAUACAAAUUUGGUUGCACAGUCAUUAACCCGGGGAAUACUGGGCUCUGAAUUUGACUUUACCUACGAGUCUCGGGGAUCCGAGAAGAUGAUCACCGAUCUCGGUCGAACAAUAGCCACACUAUGUCAGAUUAUUCCCGACGGAGUGGUGGCAUUCUUCCCAAGUUAUGACUAUCUAAGUCAGGUAUUGAGCGUCUGGCAGAAACCCAUUCCCAACGGCAAUGGCCAGACCAUUAUCGGCCUAAUCGAAGGGAAAAAGAAGCUUCUCUAUGAAUAUCGCGACGCGGUCGUGACAACCGACACGCUACUUCAAGAGUAUACCCAAGCUGUCGAAUCAGGAUCUGGAGCUUUGCUUUUAUCCGUAGUCGGUGGAAAGUUGUCAGAGGGUAUCAAUUUCUCAGACCGAUUAGGAAGAGGUGUAUUUAUCAUUGGGCUGCCCUUCCCCAACAUUCGCAGCGCUGUCUGGCAGGCAAAGAUUAAGUACAUCGAAGAGAAAACCUACAAGCAGGGAUCAGGAACAGAGUCUGAAAGAAAGGCCACUGCCUCGGCUGCAGGCAAAGACUUCUAUGAGAACUCAUGUAUGCGAGCCGUCAAUCAGUGUAUUGGACGAGCUAUUCGACACGUGAAUGAUUAUGCAGCUAUCAUCAUGAUUGACCGACGCUACGAUACACCACGCAUCCAGAGCAAGUUACCAGGCUGGAUCCAAGGAAGUCUAGUGACCUCCUCAUCUCCACGACCCGCCCAAAUGACUGUACAACGGAUCUCCAAGUUUUUUGCGGAGAAGUCAUAA